AUGAGCAAAUCAUUUAUCGCUUCGUUACUAGCUUUAUCGUCGUUACUAGCUUUAUCGUUCAUCAUUUGGUCACCUACAGUCUUGAGUGCAGUAGUUUCACCAGGACAAAUCAUCGCUAAUUGCGCAAUCGAUGGAACCGCAGCUAUUACUUUUGAUGAUGGCCCAUCCAUGGCAAGUAUAUGGACACACGAGUUAUUAGACUUUCUUAAAGAGAAAAAUAUAAAAGCUACAUUCUUCAUUAAUGGUGAUUACAGGAAUUGUAUUGUAUAUAUGAUUAUGCCGACAUUUCAUUAUCAAAUUGUUUCACUUGAAAAAGCAUUUAAAAAGAUUAUCGGAUUGGUUCCAAGAUAUUUCCGUCCUCCUUAUGGUUCAUAUAAUGAAGAAGUGCGCAAUACAAUUAGAAGUUUUGGAUAUACUAUUGUACUUUGGGAUAUAGAUGUUGGCGAUUCUGUGGGUAAUCCUGUAGAAUAUAGUAUAGAAAAGUAUAAAUCAGCCUCUGGUCCUCCAUCAUCACAUAUUACGGUAAACCAUGAUAGUGAACAAACAACUUGCGAACAAAUUGGUCCUCAAGGGAUUCAACAUUUUUUGGAUAAAGGGUUUAAACUUAUGACAGUCGCUGAAUGUGUGGGAGAAACUGAUAGUUCUCUUUGGUAUCAAUAUAUAAGUACUCCAAAUGAUAGAGAUGAGACUUGGACGUGUAGUGUGAUAUAG